AUGAAUACCAAUAACAAUGAUAUACAGUCACAGAGUCAACAAUCAUCAUCACAACAUGAAGUUAUCCUACAGCAACAUAUAUCACAUGAAGAAAUAAGAGACUCAUUAAAUUCAAACCAUCCAUCAGAUCAAAUAUAUCAAAAUAAUCAUUCCCAUUUAAUCCAAUCAUUAAAUGAAGAAGACCAACCUAACAUUAACUUCUAUAACAGAAAUUACGAUGAAGAACUAAUUAACAGGAGUGCUUAUGAUCCUGAAAUCGAAGUUGAUGAUGUACAUGUCGAUAUAGAUGAUGUUGAUCUUGAAAUGUCACAUGGAACUGACCAUUCUAAACCUGAUGAUUCACAACCAAGUUUAGAACAAAUUCAAAAAGUAUAUUAUUUAAAAGGUUUACAAGAAUUUGAAAAUUUACAAUUAUUUGAUUUAUCAACAUUAGCCAACUGGAAAUUAAGUUCAUAUAAAUCAGGAUUUGGAUUAAGUCAAUUACGUGAUGAUUCACCAGAAACAUAUUGGCAAUCAGAUGGAAGUAAUGGAAGUUCUAAUUCAAAUAGUGGUAAUAAUAUGCUACUUAAUAAUAAUAAUCAAUUAAUUAAUCCACAUACUAUAACUAUCCAAUUUUCAAAAAAAGUAUCGUUGGAAAGGGUAUCAAUAUUUACUAAUUAUUCCCUAGAUGAGAGUUAUACACCUUCAAAGAUUAAAAUCAUGGCUGGUACUUCAGAGGGUCUUGAUUUAAUUGAAGUAUGUACUGUUAAUUUCAACCAGCCUAUUGGUUGGUCACAUAUAAUUUUCAAUGGCAUAAGAAAUGAUGGGGUGCUUAAAUGCUUUAUAUUGAAGAUUUUAAUACUUGCGAAUCAUCAAGAGGGGAAAGAUAGUCAUAUUAGAGCUAUUCGAUGCUAUGGGAAAAAAUCUCAGAUACUGAAACUGUUAAAUACAAAUAAAAAAGUUGAAACUGACUUUCUUAAAGAUUUAAGUUUAGUUAGUGGUGGUUCAAAUCUAUCUGGUUUUUCAAUGAAUAAUAGAAUUGUGUCUGGUAUUACUGAACAUGAAGAUAGAAUAGAAGAAGAAGAAAAAGAAGAUGAUGAUGAAGAGAAUAUAGAAGAUGAAAAAGAUGUUGAGACUCUGAAGGUUUUAGGUAAUGUUUCUAGUAUAAUUGGGUUUAAUACUGGGUUUCAAAGUAUCGAAUUAAAAAGUAGAUCGUCUAUUAGAUAA